CUCUUAGGCACCAUGCUCAGCCUUUCGGCCAUCGCAAUACCGGUAUAUCUCGAUACACUUAGGACCCCUGCACAGCUUUACAGUAGCUGGGCGCGAACCUAUCACUACGGCCAUCUGGGUUUGCCCGCAAUGUCCAUAACAACGUGUAUCCUGUACGGCAUCGUGGCGCAGAAGCACAAGUCCGCCAAUAGGCAAUGGCGAAGAUACGUGCUGGCCGCGCUUGUCACGGUGACUAUGGUACCAUUUACAUGGGUCUUCAUGACAAGCACGAACAAUACGCUGUUUGGACUGCAUGCGGAAUCAGAGGCUGUGGGUGGUAGCUUCAGUGAUGCACGCGAACUCGUGGUGCAUUGGAGCAGACUCCAUCUUUUGCGGUCUUUGUUCCCGCUGGCUGGUGCGGUGAUUGGUAUUGGUGGCUUGUAG